UCUUCGUCUAUUAAAGCGAAGCAAAUGUCGACAGAGAACGCGAGGGUCGUCUGUCAUUGAUUGCUUUGACCCGGGAUCUCUCGGCCACUUCCUGGUCGCCCACGUUGCGGAUUGCGCAAUUAACAUCCAAAACCCCCAUCCUGCUCUCCACGCCAACCACAGCAAAGAAAAUCAUAUCUCAGGACGUCUCGCCUCGAUGUACUCACAGGCAUCCAUCCAUCCAUACAUCCACCGAGCAUAUCUCUAUCCACAGGCACUAUGGCGGCCGCAGGGCCGAGCGGGCGGGAGGAGGACAUAAGCCCCAGUCGCUCAUACGCCAUGGAAUCGCAUGAGCUCGCGCGCUAUCGAUCGCACUACAGCGAUGUGACGUCUGCUCACCACCGGGCCAGCUCGCGCGCCCGUUCUCGACAGUCUCUGGACUCGCCACAGGGCCUGGCGCGCGUGCCCUUCGAGGUGAAGAAGUUCUGGGGGAGGCAGAUCAGUGUUAUCGUCGACCAGGCCCAUAAUCGAGAUCAUCUAGCUCUCGAGCGUACGUUCCUCGGCUACCUCAGGACAUCCCAGGCUCUAUCCAUGCUUGGCGUUAUCAUCUCACAGCUUUUCACUCUCCAGAAGAGCACAUCGCCCGAUCCGCAUAUCGGGUACUUCGUCACCGGGAAGCCGCUCGGGGCUAUCUGUCAGGGCGCGGCGAUGCUGACACUAAUGCUGGGGACGUUCCGGUGGUGGAAGCAGCAAAAUGCCAUCACUCGAGGUAAGGCUCUGGCUGGGGGUUUCGAGAUCACACUGAUAGGUUUGUUGGUUCUGCUGUUGUGCAUCGUCUUAUUCGGCAUCCUUGUGGCGAUUGAGAUAAGAGAUAGUAGGAGGGGGCGCUGAACAUAACUACGCCUUGGAUACGUCCAGGCAGCUGAGCCUCGGUCUCUACAAGGCAAAACUGAGGGGUAUGUGUGCCUUAACCUACAGGAGACGCAAGUUUGCCCUAUAUCUCACCAGUGACUGUGGCCCAUAUAAAUAUCCAUGGUGAGAGUGCUUAACCUGCGAAUACCCAGGUGUGCACAAGUCCAUAAGCUGAUACGGAGAAGAUUAAGCUUGUAUAAUCUGGAAGCGAUAAUAAUGGACGGGUUAACCAAGCAGCCCGACGAGGAGAAUAUGGAUUGGAUACUGAUGAUAAUAAUGAGAUUGGAUAUAAUCGGGGAGUGUUGUUGAAGCAAAGGUAACAAUAUAGUACAUAUCAUGUAGACUACAAAAUGACACAUCAAUCACU